CCCAACCAGCCAUAUCUUUGUUGACUGCCAACGCUACAGCCUUCGUUCUCCAAGUGACUCCUUCAUGUCGGUCGACCGCGCCGGGCGAUCCCUCUGAGUUUCAAUGUCAAAUUUCGAAUGAAGCCACACGAUUAACAGCAGCGUUUCCAUGCACAGCGCUGUCACCGUCCAUCGUUUCUGACCUGCUCCCUGGCAGCGUGUACACUGUUAAAGCUCGGGCUGCAUUUUCACUUGCAUGGACGACAGCUCAGUUUGUGACAAUGUCAGGCAUCCCCGACCCGCCAAGAGUGCAAGUGGAAUCGGUGACGGAAAAUUCAGUAGAUUUGUGUCUCUUUGCACCAAUUCAAACGUUUGGAAGUGUGGUGGAAUCGUAUCAACUCGACGUAUUGAAUCCCACGACGAAUGGAUUGGUUUCGACGACGUCAUACACGGCAGUCGGACUUGGCUACCCUUCCACUGCCUGCGUGCCUAUCACAAUUGCCAGUUUGACUGCCUCAACGAGUUACUUGAUUCGAGCAGUGUCAAGAGGAGUGGGCGGAAGCGGCAAACGUGUUGCCGUAACCGCGACAACGACUGCCGCUGUCCACGGAACGUUCAAAUGGGAGGUCCAUGCGCUCAAGGCCAACAUUGCGUCCAGUAUGUCGAUAAAGAUCAAGCGGCUGAAUGGCGCCCUGUUUGACGAAUCCGUCUCCAUCACAAUCGAAAGCAGCCAAGGCUAUACGUGUGACUUGGAGGUAAAUCAGUGCGUGCCUCAACGCCGAAAUUUUGUGUUCAACAACAUCGACGUGCCUGGCAGUGAUAUUGCCAAUUUCCCAAACUAUGCUGCGACGGAUUGUGCCGUCGAGUGCCUCAAACGGGACGAUUGCAUGUCGUACACGUCGGUUCCACCUGGUGGAGUCGGGUGUUGGUUGAAGAAUACAGUUCCUGCGGCCAACGUGAACACAAACUACGUCAGUGGCAUCGCGACGGAUGCUUGUACGGUGCGGUUGCCAAAUAUCAAUUUCAGUGGCAACGAUAUUGACGCGAGCACGUUUGAAGCAACCGAAGAAGCGUGUUUAGCGAGGUGUUUUGCCAUUUCUGUGUGCGUUGGUGCAUACUACAGCCCAUCGACAACGGAAUGCUACAUUAAGCAUACGCUUGCAAACGCCGCAAGCAGUUUUGGGGUCGUUGCAUUGGUACCCAAUCGAUUCUGCGGUGUCCCACAAGUCAUCACGUUUCGUGCUGGUGAAGGCGACAAAACGAUGACUCUCACUGCACCAAACACAGCUGGAACCGUCACGAUUGUACUGUCAAGUCCGUCCACGGGAGCGACCAUUGCUGGCGACCCCACGUUGACCGUGACCGUCGCAGAUUAUUCGACCACUCGUGGAACGUUUUCGUGGAUGCCAACUUUCUCUGCCCCGACAAAAGGCACCGUAGUGGCGACAACAAUCAGUCGGGAAUUUGGGUCCGCCUAUGCUGAGUCUGUUUCCAUCUCUAUCGCAAGCAGCCGAGGCGAAUCCUACAUGUGCAAACCGUCGACCUUAAUGUGCUCGAUUCCAACUCUGUGCGGAUGGCAAGUGGCUGGUACGGAGUACUCUGGAAACGACAUCGCACAAACGACCGGAGGCACCCAAGCCGACUGCUGCCAAUAUUGCGCCAACACGACAGGGUGUGGAGCGUAUUCGUUCUAUACAACGACCCCGACAACGUGCAAGCUCAUGAGCUAUCCUUUCAAUUCGAGGUCGGCAGACAGUGUUGUGUCAGGUGUGCCGGUCGUCAAGUGCACAGAUCGAUAUUUCGGCGUGGAUUUCACCAGUACAAACCUUGGGUCUGCAAUGUCUGUGCCUGAAAGCAGCUGCUACACCCAAUGCAGUCAGUUGUUGGAUUGUGUGGGCUACCAUUACACGCCGCCGACCACGUGCCAGAUGAAAUCGACCUUGACGGGUGCAAUUGCACGCCCGUCGACAGCGUAUACAGUCGUAAUGCAGCCGUUGUGUACGAACAUGGUGACGUUUCAAGAGGGUGAGUCGUCCAAGGUGGUUCAGGUUGCUUUGCCUAGCGACGACAGAGGUUACAUUCUUCCGUACUCAAUCAAUGCAACCCUACUUCGACCAUUCAACGGAGCCUCGAUUGGGACGGCAAGCUCCCUUUCCAUCAACGUCACCGAUAUGCCUCCCAAUAUGAUUUCAUGGCAUGACGCAACGGUGUUUGGCGAGGAAGGUUCGACAGCAAUUCUCGUCUUGCAACGAUUUGGAGUCCACCAAGCACGUCAAACCGUGUCGAUAGUCUUGUCGAGUUCCCUCGGGGAUGCCUUUACCUGCGAUUCGUCCACCUGGACGUGUGCCUCGUGCGCUCCCAUGUGUGGUGAUGUUCUGAACAACGUGACGUUCGAUGCCGGGGAAAUGGAAAAAAUUCUCCACGUUCAGCUACCUGAGAUCGAAGACUACACGCCAUCGUAUAACGUUACAGGAGCCAUCAGCCCCUCUCCUCUUUACACAGUGCAAACUGGGCAAGUUGUAAUGGUGGUGCGCGACAGCCACGACUGGUCGGUCAUAACGUUCGCGCAGCUCGACGUGACGGUGUUUGAAAACUGUUCGAGCGUAUCCAUUGGUGUCCAACGCCUCCGUGCCACGACCGUGGUGGACUUUUCCAUCACGUCGUCGCCGUCCUAUCGAAUUCCUGGGGGUGUUUUUCAAGUCAGCGCUGCGUUCGCGAUGGGAGAAUCGUUCCAGAUCAUUUCGAUGCCAAUCGCGACAUCUCCUUUCUUCAAUCCACCAGAAACUAUAACAUUGGAGUUGGGAACGUCAAGCAAUCAAGCACGGUUGCUCAGUGCUCCUCGAAUGCAAAUUCGCGUAUGGGAUUCCACCGUCGGAGCCCCCGAACCACCCGAGAACAUUCAGUACACUACUCUGUCGGCGGACAGCGUUUUGUUCAAUUGGACCCCGCCAAAGUACACUGGCGGAGUUCCGUUGGAGGCCAUCAGCUACAUCUUUGUCGUAUCGCCGUCCAUCAAUUUUACCACGUCCAACACGUCCUACCUUCUCCGAGGGCUCAGAGCGGACACGGUGUACUUUAUCCAAGGGUGGACGGCGAACGUCAAUGGCAGCUCCGGUUUGACGCCGACCAUUGUAGUCCGAACACCAAGCCCAUGUGCACCUGCCUCUCCCGAGAAUGUAUCAGUCGUCGCAGCGUACGCCACGAUGGUGAAGGUACAGUGGGCAUUGCCGCUAAGUGAUGGAGGCGUCAACAUUCAGUCAUGUCGCGUGUGGACGACCGAUGAUCAAAAUGCGAGUACGCUUGUCCUCGAUGCCAAAGCGCCUUUUCAAUUCCCGUACUCGAUUGCAAACUUGGUUCCAUUGUCGUGGUACUCCAUGGCGCUCACGUGUGUGAAUGUGGGGCAAUUCGAAAGCGGCGCCGUUUCGUUCAACUUUACCACGACAAACGUGGGUGUUCCUCUUGCCCCGCCUGGGCUCGACGUGUUUCGCACCACUGGCGGGUCGUUGGGAUUUGCCGUUCCAAACGCGUCCUACGACGGCGGUCUCCCCAUUGAAAACUUUACAGUGAUGUACAGCGACGACGACAAUGCAACUUUCCGAUUGGGUUGCGUGGGCAAUGCCACCAACGUCGACAGUCGGUCCCUGGGGCAGUGUGUCGUUGGAGGGCUGAAGCAAAACACAUCGUACUGGUUCAAGGCCUACGUGUCCAACGCGAUGGGCAUGUCUGAAAAUGCGUCUGCAGUUCAGGUCUUCCAAACCUCCCACGCCACCGUCCCCGAUCUUCAAGACGCACCCCGCGUGAUUUUUCAAUCGAUGGGUCAAAUCACGCUGUCCUGGAAUCCGCCUUUGGAUACCGGUGGUAUGCCCAUUGUCGGGUACGGAAUACGGCAGUGGACUGACAACCUGUCGUACAUUCUACCAUACGACAAUCCAGGCGACCCAGUCACGAUCGCAACGAUAUCUCGCCUGGCUCAAUACACAAUGUAUCAGUUUAGUGUUAUCCCGUACAACGCACUGUCAUUUUGCGCGUCAUUCAGCGGGGUCAGCCAGCGACUGACGUUUGUCACAAUGAACGCCACCGUCCCCGAUGCACCGCUCGCUCCAACCGUUGUCAACAAAACCGGCGGGUCCAUUAUCCUCGAGUGGUCUCCUCCCGCUCAAGAUGGUGGCUACAAAGUUCACUCGUAUUGGUUGUAUGGGGUUUUAAAUACCGAUUGGGAAAUCGUGUACGAUGGAAGCGACACGAGUUUUGCCUUGUUUGGUCUUGUCGCGUCGACACAGUAUCACUUUCAAGUGGCAGCGGUCUCCAUGGUUGGGUCCAGUUUGAACAGCUCAGCUAUCACUGUGUCGACAACCGCACCGACUCGGCCAGGGCCGGUCGAAGCCAUUGCUCAAGGAUCCAAUUCCACUGGUGGGUCGAUUCAGCUCAUAUGGAAUGCUCCGAGGGACACAGGUGGGCUUGUACCUCUCUCGUACUCCAUCUUCCGUGGACACGAUUUGCUGCAGUCGAACUGGGCGUUCCUUGCCUUCGAAGACUCGUUCAAGUUGGCUGCGAGCAGCACGUACCAGUAUUUUGUUGUAGCACAAAACGCAGUUGGUCAGAGUGUGCCUGGAGCUGGAUUCUCUGGUCGCACCACGGCACCAACGUUGCCCAAGCGACCAAUUCUCGAGUUUGCCGUCGCAACGGGAGGCUCGAUGACUUGGUCAUGGUAUGCAUCCAAUGACACUGGUGGAGUUUCACUGCUCAACGGGUCUGCCGUUGUCACCGAUACGGUCACAGGUGUCUCCUUGACUUAUCUAAACAUCUUGAAUUCCUUGAGCUACUAUGUUGGGGGCCUCGUUGCCACUCGGACGUACAACGUUCGCUUGUGGGUUGCGAAUCGAAUUGGCAACAGCUCCAUGCUCGAGUUUACCGCGUCCACGACAAAACCAAGCGUUCCAGCAGCUCCAUGGAGUGCCCCUACAGCGCUGAACGUGUCGAGCGGAUGGAUGCUUGUAUCGUUUCCAACUCGAGAUGCCAACUACGACAAUGGAGGCGCGCCACUGACUGGAGGAAUUGUGUACCUGAACAACGUGCUGGUCCGAGUCGUUGCACCAACCAACAUGACGUCAGUGCUGUUGAUGGGCCUUCAAGCCCGACAAUUAUACAGCAUCACAACCACAUUUGUCAAUUCUGUUGGUGAAAGCUUGCCGAGCCGCGUGUUGAACGUGACAACGCUGCCCAUGGUGGCCCCAUCGGAGGUGCUAAAUCUUGCGCUGACGGACCGCGGGUCGUCGUUUUUGGAAUUGAUCUGGAAUCCUCCUGUCGACUCUGGGGGCAGCAUUGCCUUGAUGUACGACGUGCGCUACAAGGAAACGUUGGCAACCACAUGGCUCAAUCAAACGACAACAACUUCUUUCGUCGUGGUGAGCAACCUUCGGGCAUCCCAAGAAUAUCAGAUCUCGAUUCGAAGUCGAAAUGACGUUGGGCCGAGCUCGUGGUGUCCAAGCACCACGUUCUCCACCACUGCCGAAGCUGCUGGAUUUGCUUCGUUCUCCGUACGCGUUGUUCGAGUGCCCCAGAGCAAUGGCAGCGUAAACGUUCUUUUGACGCGAAACGCUAGUGGGAUUUCGGGGUCUGUGGCUUUCAAAACGCAAAGUGGGUCGGCGAUUGCCGGAACCCAUUACGUAGAGUCGUCCGGUCUCGCUACGUUUUCGCCGACCUCGACGACCACAAGCAUUCGGAUUGCGUUGUUUAACGCGACAUUUGGGUGCACACCAACGGGUCGAGAGUUUUCAAUUUCCAUUUCGAGUGUCAGUGGCAGCCUUGUUCGAAUCGGUCCGAACAGCGGCGUCACGAUUGUCAUGGAAGACGACAACAGCGGUGGCCUUGUCAGUUUGGAGUCCACAGCGGUAGAACAAGGCCAAAUGCUCCCGGCACCAUUCUUGACCGUGGUGAACCUAACUGUCGUCCGGUCGGGAAAAUCAUCGACCCUUAUAAAUGCAACGUUGGCCCUCAAUGCGACGAGAAGCACGGCUGGUAUGGGACGUCAAAUUCAGUCCAUUCCGUCGUUUGUGAUUUUAUAUCCAAACCAAUCCAUCGCAAUCGCCUCGAUAUCACUGAUCAAUGACGGCGUGUACAACGAUCCGAGUCUGUAUUUUGUCGUCGACAUGGCGAUACCAAAUAGUUACAACAGUUGUGCUGUGCUCAACACCGCCGCGGCAUCGACAAAUGUCACCAUUUUGGAGCGAAAUGUCGUGUCACCGCCAGGCCCUCCAACAAACAUCGCAGUGACGUGGCUCACUGGUGGUCUCGGGAGGUUUACCUGGUUGGGGCCACGAAACACAGGCGCGUUCAAUUCCCCCGUGACGUUCUACACUGUUCGAAUUGCCACGGCUGGUUUUGUACUCUCAAAUCGAGUGAACGAGACCACAAUUACCAUCGGUGGCCUCAAUUCAACCACCAAUUACACAGCCCGCGUUGCCGCUGAGACAAGUGUCAUGACGGGACCGUUCAGUGAUGCGUUUGAGUUUCAAACGGCGUCUCCGUCAGUUCCAUCGCUUCCCCGAAACUUGAGGUGCACCGGUCGCUCCGGUGGCAGUCUAACCAUUGCGUGGGACAUCCCGCUCGAUACAGGGGGGUUCCCCAUUACAGAGUAUCGAGUCUUGUGCAUGGACGUGAAACUGCGCCCUGUUUUGGGGACACCAGCAAACUCGAUGCUUUGCGAUGGCCUCCAAGCAUCCCAAAAUUAUUCGAUUGGGGUGCAAGCUCUCAAUGCUUACAACAUCUCGUCCUUAUAUGCGUACGUGACGUGCGCAACGACCACUGCGGUCGCCCCAUCCAAGCCUUUUCCUCCCAGUGUGAUUGCUUCGACCGGUGGAGCUCUCACGUUUCGUAUUACCCCCGCUGUAAAUACUGGAGGUGCUCCAAUAUUGCAGUACGCGAUUUACAUGAACAGCCCGAGUUACCCAAGCUUGUUCUCGAUGGUGUACAAGGGAUCAAACAGCACGCCAACCGUUUACGGACUGACGUUCAGCUCGACGUACACUGUGACUUGCCAAACGAUCAACACAAUUGGUGCGAGCGAAGUAUCGAGCACAAGCCAAGCGAGCACAUCAGCAAUUAGUAUUCCAACCAGUCCGUUGAGCUUCAGUCUUGCGAGUGCCCCGACUGGUGGGGCUAUUAGCCUGCAAUGGAAGCCACCAUUGGACUCGGGUGGGGUCCCAAUUGUUGGCUACGCAGUGCGCCAGUACUCGUCCGUGGAUGUUAUCACGAGUUCGCCAUCCAUUGCGUACGUGGACGACACCAAAGCCACGACAAACGUCACGCUGUACGGGCUGCGACCAAAUACGUCCUACUUCUUUGCUGUGAUUGCGCUGACGUCCAUGAGCCAUUGCUUCAAUUCAAUCUAUAUUCAAGAGAGUACCCGCAUCCUUGUGACCACUCGCGUCGUCACCCCUCCGUCAGCACCAUCGACGCCAUUCGUGUCACAAGCCACCGGUGGUAUGCUCGAAAUUGCAUGGACGCCUUCUUUGGAUUGGGGAGGGUCCGCGACGGUGCAGUACCUGUUGUACACGCCGCCAAAAACACUCGUGUACAACGGUACGAAUUUGACCUAUCAAAUGUUUGGACUGCGCGCCUUGUCGAACCAGAGUUUCUACAUCGUGGCAUCCAACCAAGCGGGUCCAUCCGCAGCAACGUCAACGAUCGUGGCAAAACUGACCGAUAUCUCUGCCCCCACGCCGCCGACGUCAAUCGGGUUGACAAGGGCAUUUGCGGACCGGUUGCAGCUCCAUUGGAAGGGUCCGUUGGACACUGGCGGCGUGACCGUGACUGACUACGACAUCCGUCGCAAUGGGCUAUCCAUCGGUCGCCCCAACGUGACGGCAUUUGAAGACACCGGUUUGAUGGCCAAUACGACAUAUACGUAUACGAUCGUCGCACGAAACAGUCGAUAUCCGAGUGCUAGCAGCGAUCCCGUCGCGUUCCAAACCACCAAUGCAACGGUGUCGUCGGCACCAACAAACCUGCGAGCGAAUGCAACGGGAGGUGCGAUUGUGGUCGUGUGGGACGGACCGGUAUCCACGGGAGGUUUGCCCAGCGUGGGAACAGUGUGCUUGUUGCAACGAAAUCGCUCAGUGGUGGUGCUCGAGCGAAUCACCAACACGACAACGUGUGUCUUUGCCGGCCUGAGUCAAAACUCAACGUUUCAAGUGGCGCUCUUUGUCAUAAACGACGUCGGAAAUGGAACGCUGGCGACCCUGAAUGUCUCGACCACAAGGGCAACGCUGCCGACAUCGCCACCGAUUCCAGUGCUUGUGAGCCAAGUCGGAGCCGUUGCAGUCGUUGAGGUGAGCACUCCGCAAGAUGCGGGUGGCCUUCCGCUCUCUCGGUUGAUCCUGUAUCGCAACAACUCUGUCGUCGCGUCGGUUCCUGUCAUGCCAAGUGUUAGCACGUACAACAUCACUAUUGGGGGGCUACUUGCUCGAGCACGGUACACUUUUCAAGCAAGUGCGGCCAGCACAUUGGAAGGCUCGAUGAGCGAACGCCUGGUGUAUGUUACUGGCAACUCGUCGGCACCAUCUCCCGUUUCGAAUGUGCAGCUGGUUGAAGCGACAUCGACCUCGCUGUCGUUCAACUGGACCGCGCCUUUCGACGACGGUGGAUCUCCAGAGUCUUUGGCGUACGAUAUUACAGCCACUGCGGGAGACGUCGUUGUGACAGAUUCCGUGACCAAGAACACAACGUCCAUCAUUGCUGGGUUGACCCCAAACACAGCGUACAGCGUUAGUAUUCGGUCACGAAAUGUUGCUGGAACCAGUGUUUGGUCCACUCCACAGGUACUUCAGACCCUCGCGCUCGCCAAGGGAUCGUGUGGAUGGGGUGUGUCUACCUUGCGUACUCGAAUCGACGUCGGCACUGUUUCGAUUCCAGUUGUGCGGCGUGGAGGGUCAUCUGGGAUUGCUCAGUACAGCGUGCGAGCCAACAGCACGGGAAAUGUCGUAUUCAAUUGCCCAACGUCCGUUGGUCUGCAAUCGUCGCAAACUCAAGCCAGCCUUGUCGUGACGAUUCAGAAUUCGAUGACGUAUAACCCGAACGCGACGAUCGUUCUCCAGCUCAUUGGCGACAUUUCAAAUGUUGUCACAGAAUUCGCGACUGUCACAAUAUAUGUGGACCAAGAGGACAAUGCUGGGGCAUUCGACUUUGUUGUAUCCAACAUGACUGUGCGGGAAGAUGCUGGCUUGUUCAACAUUUCUAUUCGGCGUCAACUUGGCGUCAGCUCCACAGUCGUUUGGGCCCCGCUGGACGUGACUGCAUCUCGAAACGCAACGGCUAGAGCAGGAAGUGAUUACCAGCUACUGCCGAACCAACGCAUUGCGUUCGAUUCGAAUGUUACCCUAGCCAGCGUGGUCGUCUCUAUCAUCAACAACCAGCGGCCUCAAUUCCCACUCUUGUUCUUUUGUCUGACGCUGGUCAAAGUCAGCGGUGGGGGGUACCUGAACCGCGCUGGCAAUGACGUGAUUUGUGUCUCGAUUUUCAAUGAUUGGACUCCGGCAGUCCCAUCAAGAAUUCCAAAUCAACUGGACGUUGUGCGAACUGGUGGUUUGUUUCAAUUAUCUUGGCUGCCUCCGCCGUACACUGGAGGCGCUGGCGUUGCCAUCACUCGCGCUAUGAAUUUCACGGCGCAAACGACGGCUCCUUCAUUGCCAGGAACUGUGACGAGUGUCCAAGUCAACCAAGCGACGGGUGGGUUCAUGCAGUUUGCAAUUAACCCUCCCCAAGACACUGGAGGUCUCUUCGCCUUGAACUACUCCGUGUUUGUGUACAGCCCAGCAAACAACUAUUUUCAGGCAAUAAACAGCGUUGGAGCAAGUACCCUAUCGACGAACUUUACAUUCACGACGGCACUUGCCACCCUGCCUGGCCCUCCAGCUUCGAUCUCAUCGACAAAGCAAACGGGGGGCGCGAUUACUUUGCAGUGGCAGCCGCCAGAUGACACUGGUGGUUUCGAGAUCAUUGGGUAUAAUGUGUACUAUCGACUGGCAUCGUCAACAAGUCCAUUUCAACGAGCCGUAUUCGCGAAUGGACCAUCUGCGACUGUUGCAAAGCUCUUUCAAAAGACUUCCUACUCCUUUGUCGUUGUGGCGUUGACCUCGUUGGACGGUGCAGCGCUCCCAGCCACAGGAUCCAUAUCGAACGGACGACAAGCCAUCACGACAUCCAUGCGAAUUCCACCGUCGAUGUACAAGACAAUAGAAAUGAAGGACAUGCUGUGGAUUCCAUCUGAUACUCAAUCCGACGCGACGGAAGUUGUGUUGAAUAUGACGUACUUUGGAACAACGAUUGACGGUGAAGCAAUGCUUGCUCGUGGCAGCGCCAGCAAUAUUUAUUCCGCGUCGACAACUCAACUGACCCUCCCGUCAAGUCCACCUGUGCCAAUUCGAUUGAGUUACCCGUCUGGAAGUGUCCUCCGCCUGCAAGUCAAUUCUCCGUUGGAUACUGGCGGCGUACCAGUCACAUCGUACCGGGUUUUUGUGCAGGAUGCUGAGGUUACCAAUUUCGUCAUCGAAGAGGCCAUUACUGUGGAAUCGUUGCUGCUAAACUGCGUGCUUCUUGUUCCUGGAUUCAACCCAAUGACGUGGUACAAUGUCGCUGUCGUGGCGGUGAAUCUCAAGUCUGUCUGCGAAUCGUCAAGUGCGGGCAGGCGAAGUCCGCCAGGGCUUUUUCAAACGAACGUGUCGACAAUUCCCCGUCCAGUCACAUCGUUGACGGACACAUCCACUACCGGUGGGGGAAUAAGUCUUGCGUGGCAACCGCCAUUUGAUCGAGGGGUUGGCUUGAACGAACCCCUCUACUUUGCCUUGUAUAUGAAGUCAAUCACGUCCAACUCGUGGACCUUACUUCAAAAUGACACGACAAUGACGGCAUGGGUAAUGAACCUUGCGUCCGAGACAUCAUACGAAUUCGGUGUCGACGUCGCUGCAUCGACUGGAGCGGCCGGUAUGUCGUCGAUGGCAAUUAAAACGUUCAAGACAUCUGGGAUUUCCGCCCCUGGGCCGCCGGCUAGUCCGUUUUUUAUCAACAACACUGGUGGUUCCAUCUCGAUCGGGUGGCUUCCUCCUAGCGACAAUGGUGGGGAAAAAGUAACGUCGUAUGUCGUGGAGGUGCAAGGCGGAGAUGGUGGCCAGAUGACGUUUGCCAGGGACAUUACGUUUUACGGGUUCUUGGCGUCGACCACGUACAACUUUCGAGUGGCUGCAGUGAACAUGAUGGGAACGGGAUCGCCCAGUGCAUAUGCAACGUUUAGCACAAGUGCAGCGUCCCCAGCCCUUCCGCCGACAUCGCCUAAAAUUCUGAGCCAGUCUGGCGGGGCAGUCACGCUGAGCUUUACCCCUCCCUUGGACACUGGUGGCGUCCCAUUGUCUGAGCUCUCGUACGCAGUUUACGCGAACAACGUUCUUGUGGCAACGAUUUCACACGCCGAGUUUAUGGAAUCGGCGUCGAAAACCUCGUCAAGAUCUUUGCGCGAAGAAUAUCCAGAAACCAAUUCACAAUCAAGACGCCGUCGGUUGGAUGCCUCUGGUUCUGUCAUUGUUGGCAACCUGAAUCCUUCGACAACGUACGAUUUUUUGGUCAAGGCGGUGUCAGCUCAAGGAGGAAUGAGUAGCGGUUCGCCGCAGCAGGCUGGACAAACGUCGCAGCCUUCCAAACCUGGAGCGCCAGAUCCACCCACGUUAGUCAAAUCGACUGGUGGCAUGGUGUCGUUUUCGUGGAAUGCCGUCACUGACAGCGGAGGCUCCUCCAUUACCAAGUUUAUUCUGAAGAUGGUGAAUGUCGAUACCCAUCAAGUCACGACAUGUGAAGGAAUGAUCUUUCAAUGCACUAUGUCUGGCCUGGAGUCCACGUCGACGUUCUCAACGACCCUUCAAGCUGUAAACGACGUUGGUGUUUCGGACCCCAGCACUGCGCUAGAGGUCCGAACUGGCAUCAAUUCGCCACCGACGCCUCCACUCAACUUUAUCAUGGUGAAUGUGUAUUCCACCGCCGUCGACUUGCAAUGGCGGGCGCCUGUCGAUUUUGGUGGAAAUGAUCUCGAAAGUUACUCCAUUGACAUCACUCCAGUCGGUGGAAGUACACUGACCCAAGUCGUCGUUGCCCCCGUCGAUUCAACUCAACCAGUGUUUUACACGGUGGAAAACUUGAGCAGUCAAACGCAGUACGCGGUGACUGUGCGAACGUCAACUUUUGACCAAGUUGGAGAGGUCAGCAAGACAGUCGCCAUCACGACAUCGUCCGAUCCAAAUACGCCACAGCCGCCUCUUUUGCAAUGCGUGUCACCAUCGACUGUCCAGCUCGCGUGGCGACAAUCCACACGUGCGGUUGGAUACAAGUUGGAUCGAGACGGCAUUCCUAUCUACACAGGAACAGCAUUGUCGUUUGACGACAUCAACUUGUCGACAGGGCUGUCGUUUUCGUACCGACUGCAGGAAAUUCGUCGGGAUACAUCGUUAUCGCAUUGGAGCGCCCCGCUUGUCAUUUCAACAUUGACAGCACAAGAAACGACCGUUAUGUGCUCGAAUGACUUGCCGCUUUCCAUCGUUCAAAACGGAUAUGCAAACAAUGUCACGAAAAUGUGGAAAAUCCAGCGACCCACCGGUCCGUCGGAAUACACAUACCUGAAUUUUGGCAAGUUUUCCCUCGAGUGUGACCACGAUCAACUGACAAUCGAAGAAAGAAGUGGAGGAAGCGCAAGGUCCGUCUUAUGGAGUGGAGGGUGCUCUCGUCAAAAUUCGUUCGGGAUCGUCUCAGUCAACCCAAACAGCGACAUUGUCAUCACGUUGACGACCGACAGCUCAAUUGCUCUUGAGGGUUUCGCAGUGAACGUCGAAAUUUUUGACAGCACCAAGGACAACCGGGUGACACAGAUUCCAUGUCCAGUGUUCAACAACAUUUCGUGCGCCAAUAACGGCAUAUGCACUGGUUCGACUGGUGUUUGCUUGUGCAGCGUUGGGUACACAGGGGAAGAUUGCAGCCAGCGCAUUCUGUGCACGAAUGGCCUGAUCUGCCCCGCUUCGUUUUCCACUCAAGAUGAAUUUAUUCUCGUCGAUGGAAGGCAGGGUAACGACGACCGCGGAACUGGUGCAUUCAUGAACACAUCGAGUCGAGGCACAGCCAGCAAAGCUGUGCGCAGUAUUUCUAAGGCCUUGAAUCUCCUGUCCACGAACCCGAUGACAAAAAAGACAAUUCUACUCUACCCGGGAGAAUACACCACCUCCAUCAACUGCAACCUCCGAUUUUCAAGCCAGCACAUUGAAAUCCUCGGUAUCUUUGGUGCCUCGUUGACUGCCAUUGUCUGUCCCCACGGCCAAUGGAAUAUCCAAGGGGGAGAAAUCAGUGUUGUUGGCUUGACGUUCAAAGAUCGCGAAGCCAGCAACGCGCAGUUCAGCGUCACUCAAAAUGGAAAACUGAACCUACUUCACAGCGCAAUUCGCGGAGGCACUGGCAAGUCAGACCAAGGCGGAGGGAUUAUCCUCGAUCGGUCGAGUUUGUACUUGGAACAGUCCAUCGUGUCCAAGUGCUCUGCCAACUACGGUGGGGCAAUUUAUGCUUUCAGCAGCGAAAUUAUACUCAACAACUCGAGGAUUACCGACAAUAUUGCCAGCAUCGACGGCGGCGGGCUUUAUGUACGUGGCUCGUCGAUCGUGUCUGGCGUGAAUUCGUUUGUGCAAUGGAAUGUUGCUCAAAGAAACGGGGGUGGCCUGUUUGCCAUUGGAACAAGCUACAUAGUGUCGUCCAGCCCAGCUCGUCCGCUUGAAUUGUCUCAAAAUGCUGCUUCAUGUGGAGGUGGUGUCAGCAUUGAUGGACAAUUGACCUCGUUAAAUGUUCUCGUUUCAUCCAACCGCGCGACGGCGAACGGCGGUGGAAUUUGUAUCUUGGCCAAGUCUUCCCUUUCAGAUUCCGAUUCGAUCAUCACUUUGAACAACGCAGUGGACUACGGCGGCGGAAUCUACUCCAUCUCCGACAAAGAUCAAGUUUUUACAAAUUCCCUCGUAACAAAAAAUGCGGCAACAUGGGGGGGUGGCUUGGCGAUCCAAGACACAUCCACUGUUGUCACGGGAGUGAAGAUAUACGAGUGUUCGAGUCAAUUGCACGGCGGUGGUUUAAGCGUGAAAAAUGCAACUGUGCGCCUUGUCUCGGUGCAAAUCGAGUCAAACACAGCUGGCACCAGCGGUGGCGGUGUCUAUGUGCGGAAUGCAGCGCUGAUCGGUCCCAUUGACAUUGUCCACAACACUGCGUCAACAUCCGGUGGUGGCGUCUUUGUACAAGACGAUUCAGUGUUGCAAGACCUGUCCAUAUUUGGCUGCUCUGCUCGAAAUGGCGGUGGUUUUCAUGCAGUUGCGUCCUUGGCACUUUAUGCAAACAACGUUAACGUGUCCAACUGUACGGCACAAGAUUUUGGCGGUGGUGGACUACUCGAAAACGCUCAGGUGUUGGCUGAACACCUCGUGGUGCAGUACAACGAAGCUGCCAGCGGUGGUGGUUUGCACGUUCAAGGCUCGCAGUUGUCAAGUCCCACCGUUCUUAGUCGCACCGUGAUCCAGUCCAACGAAGCAACACUUGGGGGUGGUGUCAGCACGAUUAACAGUGCCUUGACUUCAUCCUUAACUUUUGCCGUACUGGAGAACAACGUGGCUCGAACGAGCGGCGGUGGUAUGUACAUCCAAAGCGCUCUGCGACUCGACAAAGUGCUGGUGUCGAAGUGCUCCACUCCUGGAGAAGGCGGUGGGCUCUCGCUCGUGAAUUCGACGGUCGUGCAUUCGGAAGUCACAGUUGAACACUGCUCAGCCCGAGAUGGAGGUGGUGUGCACGUGUCAUCGUCAUCACUGGAGCCCAACAAUUUACGCGGCUACAUGCGUGUACGACACAACUCAGCGAUCAGCAUGGGAGGAAAUGUUCACUUGACAAGACUCAGCUCCAUUUCGCACAUUGCUGUGCAAAACGGAAACGCCCCGUUGGGAGGCGGGGUGUCUGGAAAACAAGCAAUUGGAAGUUGCUCGAACUGUAUCAUCACCGAUUCCGUGGCAGCUCAAGGGGGAGGGGUGUUUGUCAUUUCUAGCUCCUUGGCACUGACAGCCACCACAGUUCGAAGCAACACCGCCGAGGAAGGUGGUGGGCUUUACCUCAACUACGCCAACUUAACCCAUGACGAGGUGUCUGUGAUCGAGAACGAAGCCGAAGUCGGUCCUGGUUUAUGGAUAGGCAAUUCGACCACCGUGAAUGGGCAAGGAUCUACUUACAGCAUCCUGUCAGCAAACAAAUUUCUGAAUUUUCUGGUGGCGGUCGACUAUUUUGCCGGUGCCAACGUGUUCGUUUGUGAGUCCGCGAUGGAUUUUGAGGUGUCACACUGGAACAUAUCUCAUGGCGUCGCACUCCGUGGUGGUGGCGCCUCUGUAUCCAAUCUGGCGAGUGGAAGCUUUCAAAGGUGCCUAUUCCAGAACAACAACGCGUUGCGAGAAGGCGGUGGUAUGUUGGUCAUGGAAUCAAGCACGGUCACAGUUGUUGACUGUGUCUUUGAUGCCAACACAUCUCCAUCUGGCGCUGCUCUACUUGCGAAUAGCGACGCAUCGACAAAGUAUUCUCGAACCAACAUUACACUUGAAGGCACGACCGUUCAAAGGAAUGUCGGCGACAUGUUUGGCGCGAUCCGUGUUGUCUCGGCCAAGCUGAAUGCUAUGAAUUGCAACUUUAUUCAAAACUCUGCGGGAACAGGCAAAGGGGGGGCGAUUUCAACGAUGAACUCCGAGUUGGCCGUGAUUUCAAGCACAUUCCGCGAAAAUACUGCGACUGAGGGGGGCACGGUGCACCUGGAACAAAAUGCUCGAGCUACUUUCAGCAGCGCCAGUUUGUUUGGCACUUGCACUUUAGACAAUCCAACUUUGCCCUUUAUUUCCAAAGGUGGUGUGAUGUUAGUGGAAACAGGGUCAAGCGCAAAGUUGCAAGAAUCGUCCAACGUAACUUGCGGUGUCGCAGUGUCUGGCGGGGGCAUCUACGCUUCCACUGCAAGUUUAGAAAUCAGCAGCGACACAUCCAUCGUGAACCACCUGGCGUCGCAAUUUGGAGUUUACAUCGGCCGUGGGUCAAGCUCAAGUUUCACUUUUGUGGAAUUUUUCAACAACGCUGCGUUGCUGGGCGGUGGUCUUUACGUAUCGGACACUACAUCGGGAUUAGUGGAUUGUACGUUUACCCAAAACCAUGCCGGGCGUGGAGCUGGUGUGGCAGUGGAUCGCAGUGGCAAAAUCUCUGCCAGUCAGUGUUCAUUCAUGGCAAACGUUGCAGACGAAGGUGGUGGUGCGAUUAUGUUGCUGUUGAAGACCGUUGCAACUGUGACCAACCAUUCCAUCUUUGUCGGCAAUGUCGCUCGUAAUGGCGCUGGCAUCUUCAUGGAGAGUGCCAGCAAAAUGUUCCUCGACGAGACAGAGAUAUUCGAGAACAAGGCGGCUCUCAACGGUGGUGGCAUUGUGUGUGCUGACAACGCUGUGUUGACCGUGUCCAGAAGCGCCUUUUACAAGAACUCAGCAGUGGAUGGUGCAGGGCUGCACCUUUCUACGGUCAUGUUGGUGAGUGUUCGGAAUUCAACGUUCACCGAAAACAAGGCAUCAUUUCGAGGCGGUGGACUUUUUGUUGAGCGCUGCGAGACUACAAUUUGUCAAGGACUGACAGUCGUGUCCAACACGGCAUCCAGUGGCGGUGGGGUUUUCUGGUUUCAUGAGAGCAAUAACAACGCUGACGUAUUCAAGUGCGCGGACUGUUCGAUACGCAACAACGACAUCUACAACAUCGCGACGAAUUCCCGACAGUUUGACGUGUUGUGGUGGCCAACCAAUGGCACGAGUGGUACCCCGUUGAUUGCCUACGAUGAUAUCGAGUCGAUCAAACCGGUCAACGUGUCGCAUGUUGGAGACGUCUGGCCUCGACUCGAAGUACAGGACUACUAUGGCCAGCGUUCGCUGACGGACUCGACGUCUUCGUGCAUCAUUCAAGCUGCGACAAAUCAAACCGAGGUUCUUUUCGAGCCAGGAGUCCCUUCUAUGUCGCAAGCAGGGGUGGUGACGUUUGUCGGUGCUGCGGUCGUCAGCGACGUGGCAAACACUUCGUAUGCACUGGAAGCUGUGUGUUCGAUUCCAUAUUCGACCGAGGGAAACUAUAUCAUCAAUCUCACGAUCACCGUCCUUCCAUGCAAACCGGGCUUUCGACUGGCUGAAAACAAGCGAUGUAUUCGAUGUGGCGUGGGGCAGUACAGUUUGGAUGGUCAAUAUUGUUUCGACUGCCCCAAAGGCGGAAAUUGCGAUCAAUUCGUGGUGAACCUUGCCUCGCCAGAAAUUGUGCUCGCCUACGGCGUCAAAUAUCCGCGCACGGUGUCCAACUACAUGGCAUUCGAGGCCACAAAAACGGUCCUGGACGGAUGCACGCCUGCGACGUGGGACGCGAGCGAUCCGUGCUUGCAAUUUGCAGCAAAACAAGUCGGUGGAAUCGAAUACUUGACAACAACGUCGAAAAUUGACUUCAACUUGGUCAUGACCGAAUGUGCCCGGCUCAAGACGAGCAUUGCCUAUCAAAAGUUCUGGCCAGCCGAGCGACAGUUUUCAUGUCUUACGAAUUCAUCGUUCUACAAAUGCGAAGUUCCUGGGUCGUGUCCCGCUGACAUUGUGGCGGACAAACCCGUCGAUCGCGCAGAAAUAAUUCCUUGUGCACCAGGUUACCAAGGGCCAACGUGCUCAGUGUGUCUGCCAUUUCACAAGCGCACGGCAUCGGGAGCGUGCACUUCUUGCGAGGCCGCAAAUGCAGAAAUUCGAAGUGGUUUGACGUGGCAGAACUUCGUGUUGCCAGUGUUGAUGUUGAUGUUGCUGGUUGUGGUGGUGAUUGGAAUCCGAGGGGUCUUGACGGACGGCACGGAUGUGAAAAUCAUGGACAAGGCUCAAGCAGAUCGAAAGUUUCAAGAAUAUGUGGUCAAAGUUCCUGAGAAGGGCAAGAUCGGGAAAUGGAUCGACGCCAAGAUCAAAGCGUGGAAGGAAAAGCAAGAACUGAAGGCAGCGGAGAAGAAGAAAAACGACAAAACUAUUCUCUUUGGCAUUCCGCCCGUGAACGUGAUUGUUGGGGUGUACCUCAGUCCGGAAAAGAUCAAAAUUCUCGUCGGAUUUUUUCAGAUUUUUGGCAACUUGAAGAAGACGUACGAAGUACAAUGGCCAAACACGGUCAACAAUGCAAUGGACUCGACGUCGAAAUUUAACCUUGAUUUGAUUGCCGUGGCAGGGUUGGAUUGCAUCAUGGAGCGCACGUUCUACUUCGACCUCAUCAUGCUCUUUGUGAUCCUUGGGUUCUUACUGGGAGUCAUCGCAUGCUUUUACCUACACGGAAUCCACUCAUACGAGACGAAGCUGUCGUCGAUUCCGCGCAACUGCACGCGAUGUGGCCAUCCUGUGCGGGAAUCCUUUUCCAGACGCGUGUACGAGGCGUUGCCAACCAUCAUGACUGAAGGACGGAAAAUUCCUCCGAAAAUGAGACAGAGCAUGCAUCGAUUCAGCUGCCUCGUUGAGGGCGAGAAAGACGAAAACGCCCCAGACGACCGCAAGAUCAAACGGGAAUUUGGCAUCUCAACAGUCAAGACGGAUGUUCUGCCGAUAUACCCGUCGCGCCACAUGCAACACCAGUGCCCGAGCGACGAAGUUCUGACAGGAAAGCUCCUGGAACGGACGUUGCGGUCAAACCUCCGUGUGUGGCAAGCUCGCAUGAAACUCCGGAUGAACUACCACACAUACAAGAACAAGUGCUUCAAGCUGUUCAUGUGGUUGCUCCUCAUCUUGUACCCGAACGUGAGCCAGUACAUUUUGAACAUCUUCAAUUGCCAAGAGAUCGGCGACCAAUACUACAUGGUGGUCGACCGGAGCUUAGUUUGCUACAAUGCUCAAUGGGGGUUCUAUUCGAUCUUGGGGUUUGUCGGCCUGGGGGCGUGGGUGGCUGGCGUUCCGUUGCUCUUUUACAUUGUCAUCAGUCGCGUACGCACGGCCAACAUCAAAGAGCGCAUGGCAAUUUUGAAAAAUCCACGAUACCGACACCUCCGGCACAAGUGGACGAAAAACAUGCGAGAGCACUUUGCCACUCGGGGUCGAUACAUCAAGGAGAACGAGUUUUUCGACAUUGAAAACGACCUGCUCUACGAGUACAUGUGCUAUCUCAACAUGACGGAUUCGGUAAAUCGUCUGCGAGUGGGGUUCAUCUACCAGAAUUACAUGCCCGAAUUUUGGUGGUUUGAAGUGCUCGAAUUGCUUCGAAAGCUCUUCAUGAAUGGGCUCGUUAUCUUUGUCCACAACAAUCCAGUCCUCAAGGCCGUGCUCAGCAUGACGUGGAGCAUUCUCCUCAUGAGCGGCAUCUUGUACUAUCGACCAUACGUGGCAUGGAGCAACAACCUCGUUCUCAGUAUGACUCAGUUCCAGACGAUUCUAACUCUCUGGGUCGGCCUCGUCCUCGUUCUGAAUGCCCAAACGGGACUGAACCUCCUCAACCAACAACAAAUCAUCAACAUUAUGCUCGUGCUCAAUCUCGUCGCUGUCGUUGCGACGGGGUAUAUAAUGUUUGACGAAGCACGGUCAAUGUCGAAGCAACAGAUUGCCAUUCAAGAGACCGAGCGCAAGGGUAAGAUCAAGAAAGCCGUGCGCGCGCUGUGGCGACGAGCGUACAACCUCGCCGUGUACGAGUCCAUGGCGGAGAGGGAAGGGAAGCUUCGAUUUUCCGUCCCAGCGUUCUUGGAAGCGGUGCGCCGCCGGAAGGCGGAAGCUGUUGAGGCGGUCCAUCCAUAAAACUGGAGGAUAUUGUGUUGUGGACUUCCGAGUCAUUCAUGUAGUUUCGUUUUUAAGUUGCAACGUGG